AUGAAUCGUCACGGUCGCGACUCUCGUUUCCUGCGCCAAACGUCAUCAGUUCGACAGAAGAGAUACUACCCCGCGAAGCCGGGGGAGGUCCUCGCCAAUAGCUAUCAAGUCCUGUUCAAGGUGGGAUCGGGAGUGUCCUCGACCGUCUGGUUUGCCCGUGAUAUGAGGGGGUACAGCUACUUGGACGAUCUAUCUCUAGCACAGGCUAAUGGACGAGCUAGAUCCCGAUUGGACCCGGAAAGCUUCCUGGCACUGAAAAUCGCCAAUGACAACAGGUGUACAGCGGAUGAGGAACGGGAAAUCGAGGAGCAUUUUAUGAAGACAGACCCUUCUCAUCGUGGCUGGGCUCUGUUUCGAACAUCGUCGGAAUGA